AUGACUUAUUGUACACCUUACCUUCUUCAGCUUGGUUUGACGAAGUCCAAGACUUCGUUGGUGUGGAUUGCUGGCCCUUUGUCUGGGUUGAUUAUCCAACCACUUAUUGGAGUUAUUGCCGAUCGAUCACGAUCGAAAUGGGGUCGGCGUAGACCUUUCAUGAUAUUUGGAUCGUUUGUUGUCGCUUUCUGUCUGCUGGUCUUGGGGUGGACGGCAGAGAUUGUUGGUUUAUUUGUUAAAGAUCCGGAAAAGGCUAAGAAUGGCACAAUUGCCCUCGCUGUGUUGAGCAUUUAUGCGGUGGAUUUCUCCAUCAACGUCGUUCAAGCGUGCUGUCGCGGUCUGAUUGUGGAUACACUACCGAUCCCAUCGCAACAAGCUGGAUCCGCAUGGGCCGGGAGAAUGUCUGCCAUUGGCCAGCUCUUUGCUUAUGUGGUUGGUGCCAUUGAUACCGUUGGCAUCUUCGGUACUAUCAUUGGAGAUACACAGUUCAAGCAGAUGACAGUGAUCGCUGCUUUUUCUUUGGUGGUGGCGGUGGCAGUCACCUCAUACUCGGUAAAAGAGCGAGUUCUGAUAUCGGCAAGGGAUGAUGGAAGUGCUGGUGCUAUUCAGGUCCUCUCUCAGCUGUUCAAAACUACUUUCGAACUACCGCCUCGUAUUCAAGCAAUUUGCUGGGCCCAAUUCUGGGCUUGGAUUGGCUGGUUCCCCUUCCUCUUCUACAGCACAACCUGGGUUGGCGAGACCUACUUCCGCUAUGAAGUCCCAAAAGACGACAUGGCCAAAGCAACAGAUAUGCUCGGUGAAGUCGGCCGCGUGGGAAGUCUUUCAUUAACAGUCUUCUCGGCCAUCACAUUCCUCAGCUCUGUCCUCCUACCCUUUUUCAUCCUACCACCAGACAGCAAACGGACACGAUUCACCGCGCGGCCUCCACCAGGAUUUGCAGCAAUCCUCAAAUACGUCACCGCAAUCCGACCCGACCUCCAAACCGCCUGGUUCAUCUCCCAAAUCAUGUUCGCCGCCACAAUGAUCUUCGCCCCUCUAGCCCACUCCCGCGCCUUCGCAACCUUCCUGGUAGCAGCCUGCGGUAUCCCCUGGGCAAUCAGCGGCUGGGCUCCAUUCGCCUUCAUGGGCGUGGAAAUCAACAAAUUAACAAUGGGCGGCUAUUCCCCCGUGAUCCCAUCCUCACGAUCCGGCGUGACGAUGAUCACAUCAGCCAGUCUGCGCAACGCCGCCGCAGACAAUGAACUGGAUGUCCUCCGACUGAACCACCGUGAUUCCUUCGACAGCGACACAGACGAGGAAGAACAUUCAUCCAACAUCCCCUCAACAGGUGAACUAGCCGGUAUCUAUCUGGGCGUGCUGAACGUCUACACGACCCUACCCCAAUUCGUCGGCACCUUCAUCAGCUGGAUCGUCUUCAGUAUCCUUGAACCAGGCGCAGCGCCCGCGUCUGAUAACGCUGCAGACAAUCCUUCUGAUACCCACUGGAUGAAUCUGGACAAAGAUAGGCCGAACGCUAUCUCCAUUUGUCUCUUUAUUGGGGCGAUAAGCGCUCUCAUCGCGGCCGAAGCCACACGUCGACUGCGGUAUGUACUAUGA